AUGGCGGCCAUUUUUGGAGACUUAGUCGUCACGCUGUGGUACAGAGCUCCAGAAGUCUUGCUUCAGUCCAGCUACGCCACCCCUGUGGAUCUCUGGAGUGUUGGCUGCAUAUUUGCAGAAAUGUUUCGUAGAAAGCCUCUUUUUCGUGGAAGUUCAGAUGUUGAUCAGCUAGGAAAAAUCCUGGAUGUAAUUGGACUCCCAGGAGAAGAAGACUGGCCUAGAGAUGUUGCCCUUCCCAGGCAGGCUUUCCAUUCGAAAUCUCCCCAACCAAUUGAGAAGUUUGUAACAGAUAUUGAUGAACUAGGCAAAGACCUACUUCUGAAGUGUUUGACAUUCAAUCCCACCAAAAGAAUAUCUGCCUACAGUGCCCUGUCUCACCCAUACUUCCGCGACCUGGAGAGGUGCAAGGAAAACCUGGAUUCCCAUCUGCCGCCUGGCCAGAACACCUCGGAGCUGAAUACAGCCUGAGGCCCCAGCGGCUGCCUUGCGCUGAUUGUACCCACAACGCCCUUGGUGGCUGGCAGGUGCCCCGGGAAGGCUCCACAGAGCUGAUGAGGAUCAGCGUCCGGAGGCCUUGCAGCCGCCAUCUUCUGGAUGGGCUCUGCUUUUCCAAGGAAACCGCCUAGUUUACUGUUUUGAAAUCAAUGCAAAAAUGAUUGCAGCUUUAUGUUUGUUUGUUUGUGUGUCUGUCUGUCUAUUUCAAGAACCUGGAAAAAUUCCAGAAGAAGAGAAGCUGCUGACCAAUUGUGCUGCCGUUUCAUUUUUCUAACCUUGAAUGCUGCCAGUGUGAAAUGGGCAAUCCAGGCACAGCUGAGUUAUGAUGUAAUCUCUCUGCAGCUGCCGGGGCCUCGUUUGGUACUUUUGAGUGAGUGUGUGUGUGUGUGUGUGUGUGUGAGUGAGAGAGAGAUUCUGUGAUCUCGUGUUACUUUUUGUAAGCGACAUAGAAUAAUUGAAUUUUAAAGACUCAAGAUGACUGAUAAAUAAUAUUGACUGAAGGUGAUUCAUCAGAAUGGGUUUCUCAAAUUAGAAAGUUGAGCCUAUGUCCUCAGCAUUUCUUUUCUGGCCAAAAGCCGUAAACUUGCUAGCAGUAAAAGAUUCACUAUCUAGUUGAAGUUUGAUAUACACAGCAAAAAGAAAGAAAAAAAAAAAAACCAGUAUCUUUUAAGAGAUUUGUUUUUAAAAGCACGCAUUCUACUUACUCUUCAAAAAGCUGAAUUUGCUCAUUGUAAGUCAGUUUUAACCUUCUGUAAAAUACUAUACUUCAUUGUUUCUUUUGGAAAAUACCUUGUAAGCUUUUUAUUACUUGCUGUAGAUUUAGGGAGUGUACCUCAAAUAGGAAAAAAAAAAUUUUAAAAAAUAGAGAAAGCCUUUAUUUCCUGGUUUGAAAUUUCUUUAGUUCCUUUUUAUUUUUUGUUGUCAUUUUGUUUUGUUUUUGUUUUUAGGGAUUUGUCUGAAACUGUUUCCUGUUUUGGUUUGGAGAGUAGUUCUCCCUGCCUAGAGACAAGAAUGCCAUUUAGGUUUCCCGCUCCCAUUACACUGUACUUUCUAUCAUGCACUGCCUUGUUUGCAAAGUAUCCAUCUUGUCUAUCCCCCAGCACCUCUAAUAUCUGUUGACACCAUUACAUAACUAAUCACAGAUUGCUUAAGCUAUUCCCACGCACCACCUGCUUUCUUGCUUUCAAUGAACCUUUCAUAAAUACGCAGAGUCGGAUUAUGGCUCAUGGCCGCAGUUCCACAGUCCUAGCAAGGUCCGUAUGUUCUCACUCUAAUUUUGAUCUUCCUACAUGGUGUUCACUGUUGUUACCUAGGAAAUGUGCAGAAUACUUGUUCUGCUCAAUCACCAGCACAGACUGCUUUAAACUGUUACUUACCAUUUUACAUUUUAUAGAAUGUAUUGCCAGUGCAGUAGCCAAGGCAAUGUUUUUAAAAAUCUAUACUUACUCUAUAAAGUGGUCUUUCCCCAUUCUCCAGGCUUUGCUUGCUUUUAAGUGCCUUGUGCACACCCCAGCUCUCUGCAGAGCCAGUCCGCCCCUGCCUUUGAGAACAGCUUUGCUUUUUCUCUUGCUGUUUUCCUGCCUUCUACGGUACUAGAAGUACAGAGAUUCUAUACUAUCUCCGCCUUAAACGUGGUUUAGUGCUCAAACAGUUGGCCUUAGUAACUAGAAAACACAGAAAUGAAGUAUCUUUUGGGAAGUCUAGCUACUUUUGCUGUCUAAGUCAUGUUUUGAAUGUGUGCAACAGUUAGACCAUGUUCGGAGUUAGGACUUUCAAAGAAUGGACAUUGCCUCACUCAGGAGAAAAUGUUCCAGAUAAUAUUUAUUCAUUGUAAAGCCUUACUAAAUUCUUGACAGCUUAAUAUUGCAUAUGACUGUCUUGAACAAGAGAAAAAUUAGGAGACGUUUCUCCCAAUGGCUUUUUGGGUUGAGAACCAUUCUUUUUUUUUUUUUUUUUAAUAUAUGCUUUGUUAACAUUGGUCUAAUUCAGUAGUUUGAAGAAAAGGAAAUUUUUCCUAACACAAAAUAAGAAUGAGAAGAUGGGCCAUAAGGAUGUUUUAUACUUUCUUCAUGGGACAACAUUGAAGAGUUCUGUCGUCACUAUAAAUGCUUGAGAUAUAAUGGCUUCCGAGCAUUCAGCCCAAAUUGUUCUCAGUCUCACCUGGAAAGGUGAGUUCUGCCUUUCCUUUGAUCGGGGAUCAAAAUACAAAGACAUUUUUGUUGGAGCUUGCAAAUUCAAUUUUAAAACUCACUGCACUGAUCUCCUCAUGAGCUGUUUUUGGUCAGUCUCCAUGGCUAGAGUGAAUGAACAUAACUUUAGUUUUUGCUUUUGCAAAAGUUUAUCAUAAGUUAGCUCAAGAAAAAUGCAGCUGUUCUGAACUGGAAUUUUUUUCAGCAUUCUUUAGGAUUUUAAGUAGAGAGCUCAACUUUUAUUUCUAGCAUAUGCUUUUGGCUUAUUUCUCAGUAGCAUUUGUAAAGAAAAAUUAAGUACAAACAUUUUGUCAUGAGAUGCUUGGAGAAUUAUCCAAUUUUGCCAAGAGCAUGAGAGGGAAUCUCGGCCUUCCUGAACUUCAUUAAGAGUGUGUCCCCAGCUCACCCUCAGGGUGGCUGUUGCAGUCGAGUGAUUACUCUCCUUUUACGUCUUGUAUGUCAUGCUCACCAUUCCUGAAACCCAGGUCCCACACAAGCAGCCUUGCCAUCAGGGCAUUUUGAAGCAUAACAGCAGAAAAAGAGCUUGCUGAAUACAGCUUAUUCUUCUGUGACAUAUGGUUUCAAACAUCUUUGCCAAAAGUUAGGCAGUGGUUUGCUGAAAAGGUCAUACUGCCCCAGAGUUACACUGAAGCAGCUUAUAGAAAGUAAAAAUAUGGUGACAGAUUUGGAAACACGUUUUAAUUUCUUAGUAGGACUAGAGCAAGAAUGUGCCUGAUAGUUUCUGUAUGAUGUUUGGUUCUGGUGGCCCUCUCAUUUUGGGAGCUCUUGUGCAGGGUGGAGAGUAGCGAACCAUGAUUUUAAAAAAAGGAAACCUGUCCAUUUAGCCAUCAUAAGCUAUCACAUGACAAAGAGCGAUAAAGGCCUAACCUUAAAAACACAAUUGACAAAAGGCUUGUUAAGAACCCAGUGGUUUGGAGCCUCCCACUCUGUCCCUCCUUUGAAGUGGAUGGGAACUCAAGGUGCAAUGCACUCGUCCUGAAAGAAAGCUCCAGGCAUUUCAGCUGUUCUCAUGAUUUUCUCUUGGGAAGCACACAUCGUGAAUAGCCAACUUCUCAUUUAGCCCUAGAUGACUUACUGGAAUUGUUGAAAAUUAUUCAUCUAAGAAUAGGAUCUCAGAAUUUUAUUUUUAAGAAGAAAAGAAAAUUGCACAGACGGUUAAUAUCUUAAAGAAAAAGUAGAAAUGAACAUAGUUCUAUAGUUUGACUCCAGAAUGUGGUACUGUCUUGGAGAGAAAACUCUUAAAUAGUACCUAACAUUUUGAACCUCAAAUUAUGUAUUUGGAUUGACUUUUUAAGUAACUAUAGCUGGUUCUCUUAAAAGUGGUGCCUGUUAAACUCAGUAAUAGCAAUUCUUGUUCCAUUAAGGAAGUUAAAUCAUGUAAGCUUCCUAACAUCAUAAAUACAUUAAAAUUCAUCUAUCCAAAGAAUUGCUGCCUUUUUAUUAAGUGACAACUUGACUAUUUUUAUGGUAAGCAUAUGAGAGGGUCUCACAGUUUUCAAAAGCAGGCUUUUGUUGCAUAGUUGGGUAUAGAAAAGAAUAAUGUUAAAAGUUAAUAUGCCACCAUAAUUACAUAAUUGUGUUAAUACAAAAACUACAGAAUAUUUAUCUUGGAAAGAAAAUAUUAAAAUAUUAUUAUAAAUACUUAGAUAUUGAUAGAAUGCAAAAGAAUGCAUGUGUUACACUGUAAGAGAAAAAUAAAGAUGUUAUAUGAUUUCUAAAUCUUUAAAAAUUAUUCAUAAAACAGUGGGCAAUGGAUAGAGGAAAUUCUGGAGAAAACGAAGGUAUUCAAAGAAGGAUAAUUUCAAAGUUAAUGUUGAAGGAUAUUUGUUGUUAACAAAUACAAGAAUUUAUAUUAAAAUUACCUGGUAACUGGACUUGAUACAUUCAAAGACAAGUUUUAUGGAGAAGCUAUUCCAAGCACAGUUACCAUUUUAUAGGUUGAGCUGAGCAAACUAAACCAUAUUCCCUCCCUUCAUGGGGAUCUUCAUGAGGCUAUAUUUGUUACACAUCCCUAAGAAUAUUUUUAAAAAAAAAAUUGUAAUUUUUAAAAAAUAAAACAGAUUUUUAAAAGGCAUAUGCUUCCUGUGCCACCAGGAUUUUUGAAAAAUUGUGAACUUCGCUCAGAACCACUUACCAUGUACAUUAAAUUUAUUCAGGUAUAUAAUUAGCAAAAUAUUUACAGGUUUCUUCUCCACAGUGGAAAAACUCCUUGAGGCUACCAAAAACUUGUUAAGCAAUUGAAGGCCUUAGAUAAUUAGUAAGGGUGUUUUACUGAAAAGCAUGAGAGAAUAGCAUUUUCGUUUCUUACUGGCUCCCUUUUUUAUAUCAGUGCAGUUCUCAACCCAGUUUUGUUGGCCAUUUGGUACGUACGUAUAUCUCAAGCAUUUCUAACUUGUAUUUUUUCAGAAAAUAAAUCAAAAAUACUCCUUUGGCCUUCUCCAUCUUCUGCCCUUUGCAAACAACAGAAAUGUAGAAAUAGAAAGGGGCUGAUUUUUAAAUUUUUUUUUCUCAAUUUUUAAACAAAGUAUCAAUCGGCUUUUCAAAAUGUUUUCUUUUUAUUAGCAUUCCCAGGAAGUUAAUUCAGAUAAAUGAAUGAACUUCUAUCAACAUGUUUAUGUUUCCUUAAUACUGAUGUUCUGCCCUUCAGGGAGAAAACAGCCACCUGAGAAUGAAUACGGGCUUUUUUUUUUUUCCCAAGCAACUACAGAAGUACUAUUACAGUGAUUUGAAGUUAAUGUGAUAGGAAAGGGAGGUGGCUUUUCUCCUUAAAAAAAAAAAAAAAUCCUCGGCUUUAAAUUCACGCUGACUUUAGGGAUGGGCUUUCUUGUUUUAUUCCAGUGUAUUCCACAAGGUGGCACUUGUAGGGAAAAAAAUCUGGCUGACCAAGGCUAAAGACUUUUUUCUAAAGACUUUAUUCUAAGUUUAUUUUUCUGCACGUUUAACUCUUGCCUAGCACUUGUUUUUCAGUAUGACUGAUAGUCUCCACAAUGUUCUAUAACUUAGAAUUUUUAGCCAUUAGCUAGGUUCUGAACAAUUAUUUGCAAAUAAAUUGUGCUUGAUGAAGGAUAAUACACCCAUUUUGAUCAUUUACGUGACUACAGAAAGCCUAGCCAUUCAUUUCUUCAAGAAAUAUUUUUUAAGGUAACUAAUUACCUACCUGGCACUUUUCUAAGUGCCGAAGUUACAAAGACGAACAAGCCUUAUUGCUUAAAAAAAAAAAAAGGCAACCC